AUGCCGCCCAAGGAUGACAAGAAGAAAGAUGCCGGAAAGUCGGCCAAAAAAGACAACGACCCAGUAAAUAAGUCCGGUGGCAAGGCCAAAAAGAAGUGGCUCAAAGGCAAAGUUCGGCACAAGCUCAACAAUCUAGUCCUGCUUGACAAGGCUACAUACGACAAACUCUGUAAGGAAGUGCCCAACUAUAAACUUAUUACUCCAGCCGUGGUCUCUGAGAAACUGAAGAUUCGCGGUUCCUUGGCCAGGGCAGCUCUUCAGGAGCUGCUUAGUAAAAGGCUUAUCAAGCUGGUCUCAAAGCACAGAGCCCAGGUAAUUUACAGCAGAAACACAAAGGGUGGAGAUGCCCCAGCUGAUGGUGAAGAUGCUUGA